AUUUCAUAAUACGCAAAUAAUAUCUCAAAAAUAUAUAACAUGGUUCAUUUUCAUUUUUUGUUUUCAAUUUCUUUUUUAUAUAUAAUCUCUCUCUUCACUCUUCAUUCUUUAAGAAAUGGCAAAUAUUUUUGUAUUAGCAAAUCGAUUUUAUUCAACAAAUUAUCAAAAUCAUCCUUCAAUAACAUUAGCAUUUACAAAUGCAGGUUUAGCAAUAACGUCAGAUUCAUUAGCUCAAUCGAUAUCAUUGCUUCGAUCUAAAAACGAUUCUUCAAAUCUUUCUUCACAACAGUUUGAUUUUUCUCGUUUAGGAAGAUUUACAAUAUAUGGAUUUUCGAUUGCUCCACUAGUUAAUAAGUGGUUCACAUUUCUUGAUAAGAAAUAUCCUUUUAAUACAGAUGUUAAAGCACAACAACCUCCUCUUAUUAAACAAAAUGUAUUAUUUAAUAAAAACAAUUUAAUAAAACAAAAUCAAAUGAUUUUCAAAAGAGUUUUAUUGGAUCAAUUUCUUUUUGCUCCUUUUGGGUUAUGUUUAUUUUUUGGUGGUAUUAGUGUAUUGGAAGGAAGAAAUUUUGAAGGGAUCAAAGAGAAAUUUGAUGAGACUUAUAUUUCCGCAUUAAAAAUGAACUAUACUAUAUGGCCAAUAGUUCAAUUUGUAAAUUUUAGAUUUUUACCUUUAAAAUAUAGAGUUCCUUUUGUUAGCUCUGUUGGUGUUUUAUGGAAUGCUUAUCUUAGUUUAUUAAACAGUAAAGUUCCCGAAGUUAGCACUAUAUAAAGUAAAUAUAUGCACUUUCCAUAUUUAAUUUUGCUAUAUUGUAAGUUCUUUCUUUUAAAAUCAUAUUAAGUUGAUUAGGGAAUUAAUAAAGGGCUUAGGUAUUAUCUCAUUCGGAAGAAUAUAUUAACUACA